CACAUCAGUCAAACGGAAGUCCUACGCCUUACGCAUAAACACGCAAUUCCCGCGCUCCCCCCUCUGGGGAAAGUAUAAUGGUUUCUUUAGGGUUGGGAAAUCGACGAAAACGAAGAAUGAAAUUCGGAGAGGCAUUUACAGAGUACUUGCAGGAAGAGCGGGAGUGGAUGUUGGACAAGAAAUGCGUCCAUAUUGAAUAUAAGAGGCUAAAGAAAGUGCUUAAGAGCUGCCAGAGUUGUACACGAUUGAAUAGUUCUGCCUAUUCCGAGCUUCCUAAAAGCCAGCAAUGCCAAUGUCAAGCAUGCCCGUUGUGUGAUCAAAUGUUCUUCUCCGAAUUGAUAAAGGAAGCAUCAGAUAUAGCAAAAUAUUUCAAUUCACGAGUCAGGCGUCUCCUUCAUCUUCAUGUUGCAACAGGAAUUCAGAGAUAUGUUGUGAGCUUGCGUAAAUGCUUUAAAAAUGAUAAUCAAGCCUUGGCACAAGAAGGGAGGGUUUUAAUUGAGUACAUUGCAAUGAACGCUAUUGCCCUGAGAAAAAUACUUAAGAAAUAUGAUAAAGUACAUAGCUCUGUGAACGGGGGAAAUUUCAAAUCCAGGAUGCAUGCAGAACACAUUGAACUGUUACACUCUCCUUGGCUAAUUGAAUUGGGUGCUUUUUAUAUAAAUUCUAAUCAGUCUGAUGCUAGGGAACUGAAUGGUGUUUAUGGUCACUUUUCAUGUAAUCUUAACGUGACUGAAGCUGCAAUGACAUUGGUUCUUCCAGAUUCUACAAGGCUCGAGUAUGAUCUGACCUGUGCAAUUUGCCUGGAUUUUGUUUUCAAUCCAUAUGCACUGAGAUGCGGUCAUCUCUUCUGCAAGUCUUGUGCUUGCUCGGCUGCUUCUUUGAUGAUUUUCCAAGGUCUUAAAGCUGCAGGCCCAGAGUCAAAGUGUCCUAUAUGCAGAAAGGUCGGAGUAUAUUCUAAGGCAGUGCACAUGUUAGAGCUAGAUCUUCUCUUAAAAACAAGGUGCAGAGAAUAUUGGAAGGAGAGGCUAGCUGAUGAGAGAGUUCUGAUGUUGAAGCAAUCUAAGGAGCACUGGAAGUUACAGUCGACCUAUGCAAUUUGAUUUGACACGAGCCCAUGUCCAUCACAGAGCAUGCGUGGCUAGAUGUAUUCAACGAGAGAGAUUCAUCUCCUUUGUCCAUUAUGAACCUUUCUUUAGAUAUGGCCAGUGGCUACUCCAAUCCUUCACCCAAUUUCAGCUAUGUUCACCGGACCACUAUAAUAGCUUAGGAGUCCCUUUCAGUGUUCAUCCUCUAUCACCGGCAAACCCUUGUGAAGAAGAAAGAAAAGGACAAAACUGUUAAUGAUGGUGCACGCAGUUAUAUUUAUAUACUAGUAAGCUGCAUACUGCUCCUAUUCCUAGUGCGACUCAAAAUGUCCUGUUGUUUUGACUAGUAUCAUUGUAAUUUGGAAUGGGCAAUUCAUGAUCUGAUCUGGGCAUGAUUCCAGCGGGGAUUCUCUUUUGUCUACAUCGUUUUGUGUCCAAAAGGCAAACUUGUUCCGGUCUAAAAAGGCGACCAUGGGAAUAGAAGGAAGACAAAAAUGAAUAGAAUCAGGCGAGUUGGAUUCUUAAUGUGAUUCU